GUAUACAGAAAUCAGAAAAUAUUGAAUUCAAGUGAAAUUGACUUUCGCUAAGUAAUUUAAUGAUGGAAACAUGCCGUAACUGACAUAAAACCUUUCUCUGUUAAAAUGUUGGAGAGUGCUUAGAGACGGUAACCUGAUAUGGUCUUGACUUUAAUAUUACAGACAAGGAGAUGUAACUGAUGGACUGAUCAGUGAUUAAUAUGGAGAUUGGGUGGAGAUACUGGCUAGUUGCUAUGGUAACUGUCUAUGGCAUUCCCACCUCAGUGGAGACACGAAGCCAGGAUAACACUGUUGGAGGUAAUUUGAAUGAAACAAGGCAGCAUGAUGAUGAUGGCAAGGACAAUGAGCUAAGAACGGGUAAAGCAGAGAGAUCAGUGGACUUAUUGGAUUAUACGCUGGAUCAGGAGACACAUCUUGUGGCUAUUAUCGAGGCCUUAGAGAAGUUAGAGAUCAUAGCAACGCAACACCAACUAUGUUAUACAUUACAAAAAGUGGUGCGGAGUAUACGCUCUGUGCAAAAUGGAAGUGAAAUAGAGCUAAAAAUGACCAUUAAGUCCAGCAGGGAAAUCAAUGGAAAAUUAACAGCUGAUAAAGUCAAUACACUUAAGAAUAAUUCCGUAGUUUUAUAUGAUGUUGAUAAUACAACUAAAAGUAAUUGCUUACCGGUGACCUCUGGAAGCGCAAUGGAAACGACUACCAACAGCUCUAUAGUUGCUACAGCACCUCCGCACCAUGUCCCAUACUACAUAGGUGACAAGCAGCUAGGGCGCACUCAGGUGAUGGUGAUAGUAACAUGUUCAGUGGUGAUUGGUGUCUUUUUCAUACUGGCAGGGCUGCUGAGAAUCAAGAGCUAUAUUAAACGCAGGAGGGAGGCAGAAGCAGCAGCCAGAGCCCUGCGGAGCACAAACAAUGUCUGCUUAAAGAACAAAGAUCAAGACAAGGCAUCCUUUAAACAGUCAAGACAGGCGAAGACGAACGGCUCUGUUGAAAUAGCCGAGACUAACCCACUUCUUAUAAUUACAUCAGCGUCAGCACCCACAUCCCCUUUACUUGAUUCAAAUACAUGUCAAAUGUCCAGUGAGAGGACCUCCCAACAAGAUGAGGCUUCACAGGGUAGUUGGGAACUUGCGGAAGAACUGGCAAACCAAUCAGAUGAUAGUAAGAAACAAGAUGUGGCAAGAAGGGCCAACGACGAUGCAACACCUGACUGUACAAACAAUGGCACUGAUGAAAUUCAAAAGGAUGAAACGGUUCACAUAGAAAACACACCACAGCAAAGCUCUCCAAAAGAUCAAUGCAUUUCAGCAGACGGAGGUCAUGAACCACCACAUGAAAAUAUUUAUCAGACAAAUAUAGGAAUAAAUCAGUCAAAUUCCAGUUUAUCAUCUUACCAGUGUAAUCCAUCUUAUUCCUAUGGCAACCAGACAGAGUAUGGGUGUACCCAAUAUGGUAAUUAUGCUUACACUCCAUUAGAGCCAACGGAAGAAGCAUAUACCAGUCAAGCUGAUCAAGUUACAGAAGCUGAAAAUGAAGAAAAUAAUGAAAAUCAAGAAACUGAAGAAUUUGUUUAGGAGUAUUACAUGUACCAUUUAUAUCAUUUAUGUAUGUGCAUGACAUAUACUGUAUGCUUGUGCAUAUAUAUAAUUGCCCAUAGCUCUAGUUCUCUAAUGACCAAAAAGUCAUUGUUAUGACAUGAAAGAGCCAAUACAAUCUGUCACAUUUAUAUAUUGCUGUAUGAUGCAAAACCAGUACAGAAG